AUGUCCCUACCGAACGACAUUGUUUAUGUGCAAUUCCACCCUCUAGCCUACCUAGUCAAACUCCACAUCGAAAUGAACAUGGCAGACCUUAUCAUCAAGGUCGUCAAGGCCAGCAACAACAGCGACUACCCCGACUACUCCGGCUCCAGGUCCCACAGCACCCAAAAGAAGAGCUCAAAGCAGACUGGAAAAAUCAGAGUACCGUCAGCAAUGUUUGUUGGCGGCAACACUACCUUUAUCGAAGCGAAUACAGAUGAUAUAGAGCUGGUAGAUCGAUUGGAAAGGGGUAUUCAGAAGACCACACGGACGGAGGUUAUCGUUAAGCAGGCGAGAAGGUCUGAGUACGAUGAUGUGGCUAGCGAUACGGGGUCAACACGGCAACUGCAGAGGGAGCACUUCACAGUAUGA